AUGGAAGACGACGAUUUAUUCUCUGUAUUUGAUCAAUCAACAAGUACUCCACAACCAUCUAAAAGAAAGGCAAAGCCUGAUGAUGACAAGGAAGGUAAAUGGGAGGGAGCAAAGAAUCAAUUAUCAAAGACUGUUAGUAAAGUAAAUACAGCUGAAUUGGAUCAACAAGUACAACAAGCCAAGAAAAAGACAAAGACAGAGAUUGAAGGACGUCAAUCUGAUAUUUCUGUAGACUCUUCAAAACCAGAUGAUACUUUAAAACAAUUAAGAGAAUCUAAAAAGGAUGGAAAGGAUACAGCAACAGCAGCAGCAUCAGAUACAUCAACUACUACAACAGAAACAAAGUUUUCAAUGCCAAAGACAUGUACACAUGAAGUAGUAUUACCACCAGGUGUUACAAGUGAUGAUCCAGAUCUUCUUCAUCCCAAACCACCAGUCAAUCCAGCACGUACCUAUCCAUUCACACUCGAUCCUUUCCAAGCCACCUCUGUUGCUUGUAUCGAAAGAAAGGAAUCUGUAUUGGUAUCUGCUCAUACAUCUGCUGGUAAAACUGUAGUUGCAGAAUAUGCAAUUGCAACAGCAUUGAGAAGUGGACAAAGAGUUAUUUAUACAUCACCAAUUAAAGCAUUGAGUAAUCAAAAGUAUAGAGAUCUCAAUGAAACAUUUGGAGAUGUUGGUUUGAUGACUGGUGAUAUUACCAUUAGUCCAAAUGCAAGUUGUUUGGUCAUGACUACUGAAAUUCUUAGAUCAAUGUUGUAUCGUGGUUCAGAAUUGAUGCGUGAAGUUGCUUGGGUCAUUUUUGAUGAAAUUCAUUAUUUACGUGAUAAAGAAAGAGGAGUAGUUUGGGAAGAAACGAUUAUAUUAUUACCAGAUUCUGUUAAAUUUGUAUUCCUUUCAGCUACAAUUCCAAAUGCAAAGGAAUUUGCAGCUUGGAUUGCAAAGAUUCACAGUCAACCAUGUCAUGUUGUCUAUACCGACUAUCGUCCCAUUCCAUUGCAACAUUAUAUUUUCCCAUCGGGUGGUGAUGGUUUACAUUUGGUGGUCGAUGAAAAGGGUGUUUUCAGAGAGGAAAACUUUAUCAAAUCGCUGUCUGGUUUGAAUCAACCAGAACUUGGUGGCAACAAUAGAAAAAAGGGUCCCAACAAUGCUAAAAAGGGUCCAAACGAUUGUUACAAGAUUGUUAAAAUGAUCAUGGAAAGAAAUUAUCAACCAGUCAUUAUUUUCAGUUUUAGUAAAAAGGAUUGUGAAACUUAUGCUCUUCAAAUGUCAAAAUUAGAUUUUAAUAAUGAGGAAGAAAGAAAAGCAGUUGAAACUAUUUUUAAUAAUGCAAUUGAUUCAUUAAGUGAAUCUGAUAAAUCAUUGACAGCAGUAGUUAAUAUUUUACCAUUGUUAAAGAGAGGUAUUGGUAUACAUCAUGCCGGUCUUUUACCGAUUCUCAAGGAAAUCAUUGAAAUUUUGUUCCAAUACGGAUACAUCAAGGCUUUGUUUGCUACAGAGACCUUUUCAAUUGGUCUUAAUAUGCCUGCCAAGACUGUUAUUUUCACCAAUGUCAGAAAGUUUGAUGGUGAUCAACUCAGAUGGGUGUCUGGUGGUGAAUACAUUCAAAUGUCAGGUAGAGCAGGUCGUAGAGGUUUGGAUGAGCGUGGUAUCGUUAUUAUGAUGGUCGACGAAAAGAUGGAACCAGAUGUCGCCAAGGGUAUGGUCAAGGGUGUUGCCGAUCGUUUGACAUCAUCGUUUUGGAUUGGUUACAGUAUGUUGCUCAAUAUGAUGCGUGUUGAAGAUAUCGAUCCAGAGAAACUCCUCAAACGUUCAUUCCAUCAAUAUCAACAGGAAUCUAUCAUUCCUCAAUUGACAGACAAGGUCCAAAAAAUCGAAGCCGAAAAGGACCAAAUUCAAAUCAAGAAUGAAACUGCCGUUCAAGAAUUCUUUGGUCUCAAACAACAAUUGGCCAAGUUGCGUGAUGGUAUGCGUGAAUUUAUGAAUCAACCAUCUUGUGCUCAACCAUACCUUACUCCAGGUCGUGUAGUUAAAAUUCGUGAUGAAACAAAUGAAUGGGGUUAUGGUGUUAUUUUAAAUUUCUAUAAAAGACAAACUAAACCAAAUGGUAUUACAGAUCAAUCAUUUGAAAUUGUAGUUGAUAUUUUAUUAAAUUGUGAUCCAAAGGCAGUUGGAGUACCAAAACCAAUGCCAGCAGGACAAGUUGGAGAACCACAAAUUGUACCAGUUUCACUCAAGAUGUUUGAUGGUAUUACAUCGAUUUGUCUUGUCAUCAAAAAAGACCUUUCACAACAAGAUCUCAAGGUUCAAUUGUUCAAGGCCUUGAGAGAGACUGAAAACAGAUUCAAAAAGGAUGGUGGUAUGCCAAUGAUUGACCCAAUCGAAGAUAUGAAAAUCACAGACCAAAACUUUAAGAAAUUGGUUAGAAAGAUUGAAAGUUUGGAAAGUAGAUUCAUCAGUCACGAAUGUUACAAUGACUCUGAUAUUGAAAGUCGUAUCAAACUAGUUCAAGAAAAGAUGGAAUUUGACAAGGAAAUUAAAGAAUGCAAAAAACAAAUUAAAAAUGGUGAUGAAAUGAUCUUAAAAGAAGACCUAAGAUCAAUGAAAAGAAUUUUAAAAAGAUUGGAUUAUAUUUCACAAGAUGAUGUUGUUUUAACCAAAGGAAGAGUUGCAUGUGAAAUUUCAGCAGGUGAUGAAUUGAUUAUUAGUGAAUUAUUAUUUAUGGGCGCAUUUAAUGAUUUGACAGUUGAACAAUGUGUAGCAAUUCUUAGUUGUUUUGUAUUCCAAGUGGAGUCGGAAAAGGAUCUCACAGGAGCCAAGGUCAAACCAGAGUUGGCACCAUUGUACAGAACCAUCCAAGACACUGCAAGAAGAAUCGCUCAAGUAUCUCAAGAAUGCAAACUUCAACUCGACGAAAAGGAAUACCUCAAUAGAUUCAACCCCAAGUAUAUGGAUCUCACCUUUGCUUGGGCUUCUGGUUCAUCUUUUGCCGAGAUUUGCAAAAUGACUGAUGCUUUUGAAGGUUAUUUGAUUCGUUGUAUCCGUCGUCUUGAUGAAUUAUUAAAACAAAUGGCCACUGCAUCUAAAUCUAUAGGUAAUACUGAUUUGGAAAAGAAGUUUUCUGAUGCUACUCUCAAGGUUCAUAGAGAUAUUCCAUUUGCUGGUUCAUUAUAUCUUUAA